AUGCAUGCACAUGGUACCCUGCAGCAGCAGCAGCAGCAGCAGCAGCAGCAGGGGGAGGAGGAGGAGAAGCAGCAGCAGCAGCAGCAGGAGCAGCAGCAGCAGCACAUGCAGAAGCAGCAACAGAAAGGAGUUAAAAAGAAGAGACAGCUGCUGCAACAGCAGCAGCAGCAGCAACAGCAGCAGCAGCAGCAGCAGCAGCAACAACAGCAGCAGCAGCAACAGCAGCAGCAGCAGAGAGAACGGAAUCAACGGGAGCAGCAGAAACAGCAGCAGCAGAAACAACAGCAACAGCAGCAGCAGCAACAGCAACAGCAGCAACAACAGCAACAGCAGCAAUAG